GAGCAAACACAGCGCAAACACUCGGCAAACAAUCCGUAAGGCUGAGGGGCCGAGACCCCAAGCCCAAAAUCUUCGCCUCUCCUCCCUGAAUCUGAACCCCGUCUUGAAGAGACAAUAAUUCACAACCCAAUCUCAAACUAUCUAUUGAAUUUUCUAGCUGAGCUAUUUUGCACUUCCUAAUCUUCACACCGCACCGCAUCUACGGAAACACUUGCGAACCCGACGGCUCGCUAUCCACCACCAAUCUAUCACCAAAACCCCCCAGCAAAAACCCCCCCGUCAACCAAUGCCGGACCCAAACCGCCGCUACGCUUACCUCGCUAUCUCCACCCUCGUCGCAAUCUGGUUCUGGGUUUUAAUCGGACGACCGACUAGCCCAGGUGCUCUCUUCGGAAAGAGCGCGGAUCCCGUUAAGCCGCUCGCGGGCCAUACGUCUGGGAACUAGACGUCGGUGUUGUAGACGUACCAACAACCAGAUAGGGUUGGAUUGAGGGGUACGAGGACUCUAGGAUAGAGAGAGAAGAGACACAAGAAAAGAAAUAGAAAGAGAAAGAGGAGGAACGCAGCAAUGUCACUCUAUUACGAAGCAGCCGACGUGCUGAAAGCACCCACCACCACCGGCGGCAGCCUCAAGUCCCGCAUCUUCAGCAAGAAAGACUUCAAAGCCGCCCCAGCACAGAUCUACGCCCUAGUGAUCGAGACAUGCAAAUGGUCCGCCGUACUAAAAGAAGUCAUCGAGAAGACCGGACUACUAGGUCUAGAGAGAAAGUUAACACCCCUCCUCUCCCUCCUCCUAGUCCACGACCUCCUCCUCGCCAAGCGCGGCAUCUCCCUCCCCGCCACCCAUGGCCUCCGCGCCUCCAUCGAGCGCCACAAAGCGCGCUUGACCGCCGAAUUCACACGCGCCCGCAUCCGGCGCGGCCUCGGCAGUCUCGAGGCGCUGACGGAGCACGUCGAGGCCGGGGGUGACAACACCUCCGGUAUCCCAGUUACCACGCACCCUCGCUGGAUCCGGAUUAACACUCUCAAAACGACGCUUGAAGACCAGCUCGCCACGACGUUCAAAGACUACACGCGCGCCGCCGAGGUGAGCGAGGUGCAGAAGCGCGGCGGGAAGAAGAUCUUCCUCGACGCACACGUACCUAACCUCAUCGCCGUCCCUCCAAGCGCGGACCUCACGAAAUCAGCCGCCUACACCUCCGGCGCGCUGAUCUUCCAAGAUAAGGCGUCGUGCUUCCCGGCGUAUUUGCUUGACCCGCUUGCUGAGGAUGGGGAUGUGAUAGACUCGUGUGCGGCGCCGGGGAAUAAGACAACGCAUCUUGCGUCUAUCUUGGCUUCGCACUCGCCGGCGGUUGACAUAGCUGAUCCAAGUACCUUGGCGGAACUACCGCAGAGGAUUCAUGCGUUCGAGAAGGAUAAGGUGCGCGCGACUACGUUGGCGAAGAUGGUUGCGCUGGCGGGGUCGGAGGGGAUGACGAAAAUUCACGCGGCGACGGAUUUCCUCAAAGCUGAUCCUGAGUCCCCGCAGUUCGCCAAGGUUGGAGCGCUGCUGCUCGACCCGAGUUGUAGCGGGAGCGGCAUCGUAGGGCGCGACGACAUGCCAGAGCUGCAUUUACCAUCCGAAGCGAAGGGCGGUCCAGCAGCCGGCGGGAAGCCUGGCGGAAAAGGAGCAAAAGGAAAAGGCAAAGGUAAAGACAAACCAGCCGAAGACGAAAAGCCCUCCUCCCAAAAACGAAAACGCGACAGCGAAGAAGAGGAGAAAGUCGAAGUCCUCCUCGACGACGACGGAGUCCCCACCGCCAUCACCUCCGCGCAAGACCUGCAGGCGCGCUUAGCCGCCCUAGCUGCUUUCCAACUCACGCUUUUGUUGCACGCGAUGCGUUUCCCUGGGGCGAGGAAGAUCACGUAUUCCACGUGCUCUGAGCAUAAUGAGGAGAAUGAGGGUGUUGUGCUUGCGGCGCUCGGGUCGGAGGUUGCGAGGGAGAGGGGGUGGAGGGUGCUGAGACGAGAUGAGCAGGUUGGGGGGAUGAAGAGGUGGGAUGUUAGGGGUGUGGAGGGGCCAGAGGGGGAGUAUGAGAAGAUUAGUGAGGGGUGUAUUCGUGCGAAUAAGGGGGAUGGGGAGGGGACUAUGGGGUUCUUUGUUUGUCCGUUUGUGAGGGAUGGGGAGGGUGGGGAUGUGGAGGCGAAGGUGGUGAGGGAUGAGAGUGGGAAGAUUGUGAGGGAUGCGAUGGGAAUACCUGUUCUUGCAUCUGCAUCUGGUGGUGAAGAUGUGGCGAUGGAUGAUGAGGAGUGGGGUGGCAUUGAUGAGGCUGAAGAGCAGGUUGCGGAGAGCGUUCCAAAUGGAGAGGCUACUGCCGCCGUGGAUGAGGACGAGAGCAAAGAAGGAGAGGCUUCAAAGCCCGCCAAAAAGAAGAGAAGGAAGGCGAAGAAGAAGACUUGAUAAGGGGCGUAAUGAUAUUUGUGAGCAUACAAAGCAAAGAAGACAUAUAGUGUGUAACGUGAC